AUGGAACACUCAUCAGCUCAACAACCAUUCAUGCCUUCUACACAAUUGUCAUUACCUCGAUUAGAUCAAGUUCACGAAUUAUUAUCAAAUCCAACAGAAUUACAACAUAUUCUACAGAAAGUUUUCGGAGGAAACAAACAACCACCAUUACCAUCAGGCUCUCCUCCUCCGUUACCCAUUGAACCACCACCUCCUUUUUCUUCCUUGAACAGUAGUUUCAAUCCAGCUGUUGAUCGUCCACGAAUUAAUUCAUAUUAUCACCAAAAUGAUCAAUUUAAUAACAGUAAGAUGCCACCAAUCAGUUUACCGCAUGCACCACCAGUGAAUGCUAUGAAUGUGCCAUAUCGUUCGCAAAGAACAAUGCCUGUGCCAUAUAACUAUCAGGCUCCAUUUGCGUCUUCCUCAAUGCCGGGAACAAAUUUAGCAUACCAUCAACCUAUUUCAGCGCCACCUAUAUCAUUUCUCAAUCGUCCCCCGUUACCUAAUCCUCAAUUUUUCCCGCCAACUCGACAAGAUCGAAUAUUACCUUCACAAUUAUCUACAGUGCCUUUACCACCACCACCGUUACCACAAUUUCUUGAUUUACAACAAGAUUUUCACACACAUUCGAAUCUUUCACAGCCAUUCGAUCAUUCUUAUCAAAUUCGGCAAACUAAACCAAUUGUUCCAAUAUCACCGCCACAGCAACAGUCUCAAACUCCCUAUAAUUCAUCAUUAGCAUUUAUGCAAUGUGCUUCAUCAUCUUAUUCUCGUCCUAAUUUGCGUUUAUCGACAAACCAUCAACAACAAAAUCGCUGUUUUUCAUAUAAAAAUAAACAAAAUACAAAACAAAACCAAGCUGCAUUCAACAAUCGUUCAUUUUCGUUUUUAUCGACAGAGUCGAAUAAUAAUAAUAAUAAUAAUAAUAAUAAUAAUAAUAAUAAUAAUUAUGGCUCUGUAAUGAAUAAUUUUGAUUCAAGUUCAUUUUUCGAAUCGAUUGCUGGAGGAAAAAACGAUAGUAAUCUACAACCCAAUAAUAAUUUGAACGACGAUAAUUGUUAUUCUGAUAGCGAUCCUGGUUGUUCUGAUUUGGCUGAAUAUGAAGAAGGACAAAUCAGCGACCACGAGGACGAAUCCCAACAACAACAACAACAUUCAAAUAUCGAAGGAAUUGAUGAUGAAUUAGGCGGUGACGAUAUAACAAAGUUUCCUUUUCGCUGUGAUACUUGUGGUGUUGGUUUUUUAAAUCAGCAUUUACAUGAAAAACAUGUGCAAUCACAUGUUAAGUGUACAGAAUCCGGUUGUUUAUAUACGGCAUCCAAAAAACUUGUUCGCAUUCAUCAUCAAAAUCUUCAUGAAACUGGAUUAUGGAAGCGUGUUGGUAAUUUGAGCACAGCUGAAGAUAUAGCUCGUUAUAUUUCAGAACGUCGAAAAAAUUAUCCAACGAGUGAGAAUGCAAAUAAGAAAAUGAAGUAUGCUGAAGAAAAACGCGAACGUGGUGAUGUUCUAGAAACGCGACAAUUUGGACGAAUGAAAGAUCGUACCAUGGCUCGGUCUAAAGAUACAGAGGCAACUUCAUCAUCUAAUGCAUCAACAGCCACAGUUUCAUCUACAAGUAUAAAUGCAAGUUCAAAUCUUCGUCCAACUCUUUUAGAACGAUUAUUAGCACCUGAUAUUCGUCAUGAGCGUAAUAUUGUUUUACAAUGUAUUCGUCAUAUUGUUAAUAAUGAUUUUUUUGGAUUAGAAAAAUAA